UGUAAGCUGUGCGCUCUUCAAUAACCUCAUUCAUGGACUUUGUUGUGAUUCAUGGGUUCAUCCUGCAUUUAGUACGAAGCGAUCAAAAGUACUGUGUUUCAAAAAGAUGGGCAUAUAUUAAGCACGACAGUCUUUUUAUCUUUCCAAAUCAUCUAAACCGUAAGAACUGCCUUAAAGUUUUUCUCAAUCAUUGUGGUGUUUCUGUAUCAUAUCAAGAAGAUGAUACGCCCUGGAUAACAGUAAGGCGGUGUUUUCCAUGAAUUGUUUCAGAUCACAGAAUACUCCGGAGCUACAUAUUAUAUUAGACCAGAAGCAGAGAAGACUUUUCAAAACUGGCUGACUGCUAUUUACAAAGCAUCUAAAAAUUGCAAAUCACAGGCAGCAGGGCCUAAUAUGGAGUACCGACCACAUUUCACAGAUCAACACUUGUCCAACUCAAUAGAACAGAAAAUCCUGACUUCGAAAAGAUUAAAUGAACAAAGAUGUCUGGAUCAUUUAGGCAAUGAAUAUUCCAACAUUUAUCAAUCUGACAACAAUGAACUCAAUGCUCAACCAUCACUAAAUUCAGCAGUUCAACCUAUCAAGAGUAAUUAUUUGAAUAGAGAUUUAGAAACGAUUCAUUCAAGGCAGAAAAAUGUCAAAUAUGUUAGUGAAAAUACAUUGAGAAGUAAAAAUAUGCAAGUUGAAUAUAAACCGAAUGAAGACAAACCACCACCUAGACCACCAAGAAAUCCACAUGUGUUACACACUGUUAAAGAACAUUCAAAUAUGCGUGAUGAUGAGAUUGUUGAGACAAAAGCUUUGGCAAAUGUUAAACACCGAUAUCCUGUUACUGGUCUGGCUAAACGAAUGAGUAUUGCUGCAUCAGAUCUUUUAGGUAAAUCGCGUGAUGAUCUCAUUUUGUUGCUUCUUCAAUUAAAUCGUGAAAAAGCCAAUCUAAAAAGAUGGUAUGAAUAUUUCACUUAUCAAAUCGAUCAAAUUCAAUUAGUAAAAGGAAAUACAAAAGAAGCAAAAUCAGAUAUAGCUGUAAUUCAGUCUGAAUUGAAUGAUGUAAUUGGCCAGUUGAAAUUAUCAGAUCCAUUAAUAAAGUUUCUUGAUAAUAUGAUCCGUAUGGGUGAUGUUUACGGUGGUGAUGAUGUAUUGUUUGCUAGUGAAUAUCGAAGACAUCUAUUACCCUCUCAUGAGAUUGUUCCAUCAAAGCCAAGUUUAGAGUUUGCUCGUGACAUUGAAGAACGUGAAAUUGCUCGUGUUCUAAAUAAUUCAUUACGUCAUUCUCUACAUCGUACAAGUCCUCUAUCUGAUGGAAAUCAUCUCAGUCAACCAAUAACACCUAUUUCAUCAUCACCGUCACCAUCAUCAUCACCUUUCAAUAACUUAAAUACAUCGAUUAUACCAAAAUUAGAUAAUAUGCCUGAACCGGUAGAAAUUCGAUUACAACGAAAACGUUUGGAACAGGAAUUAGCUAAUAUUGAAAAUCUAUGUGCUCCGCAUCAGUUGAUCCAUAGAAAAUUGAAGGAUACACAAAAAUCAAUUCGAUUAACUGAACGAAAUAAAUUGCCUACAGAACAAUCAAAUAAAUUUAAUUCCAAAGCACCAUCAGCUACUUUAUUACGUAGAUUACAUCAAGAUGGUAUACAUAAUCGUCAGUCAAAAUCUGCUAAUAAUUCAGUGAGACGAAAAUUAACUGAAUCUGAUUAUGCUGAAUUCUAUGAUGAUGUAUAUAAACGUCCCAAUACUGCAUUUGACCAUUAUUCACAAUCAUCAAUAAAAAAUAAAUCCUACAAUAUUCAUCAUAAACAUCAUUAUGAUAAUGAUGACAAUGAAGCAAGUGAAGAUGAAGAUGGAAUUAAAACAUUUCGAAGUAUCCCAGAAAAUUUGAAUUUAUUUCCAAAUGAUACAUUAUUUAUGAAAAAUACAUACAAACCAUUACAAGAUGAAAGACAUAAACCAUUGAAUUUUAGUAAUCCACCAAUUCGAUCAAGAUCUUAUUCUGAGAAGCCGAUCACAUCAAUCAAAACACCUCUAAUCAAUAAUCCUUUAAGGAAAUCAUUUGAAUUAUCAUCAAAAUAUUCCCAUGAUGAUAUGGAAGAUAAAGAUCAUUAUGAAAAUAAUGAAAGAAUUUAUAAUGAAUUACAAAAGAAACCUUUACAUGAAUAUUCUACAAAUGAAGUGAAUCAAAUUAAUGAAUGGAAUUAUGAUUUAUCAAAACGAAAGACUUUGAAUCAUAUAAAACCAUCUCAUGAUAUAGAUCAUCUUCAAUUUAAACCAAAUAUAUUGUCCCCUGAAUAUUCAAAGUAUUCUGCAUUUGAAGAAGAUUCAAACGAGUUAAAAUAUGAAAAUUAUAAUCAUAAUAUUCGACAAAAAUUCGAUGAUUUACUUGAGAAUAUUGAUUUCACAAAAGAUCCGGGUCAGUUCAAUCAAGGCGAUCUGUAUAGAAAUAAUGAUGUUUCACCAAAGAAACUUAACAGAAACGAAUUUGGAAGGAACGAAGUAUCCAAAGGUUCAUUUUUUGAACAACCAAUUACCAUUGAUAAAAGUUCACUGAACAAACCAUCUUCGUCAUCUCUAGAUACUCGUGGACAAAAUCCGGACGUUAUAUAUGCUAAUCUUUCUAGACCCUCCAUGCAAGAAACUGAAUUAUUCAGUGGAAUACAUCCAUCUGAUAAUAAUAAUAAUCAUAAUCAUAAUAAUUACUAUUAUAAUUCUAAAAGAGAGACAAUAAUAUCAAAUUGUUCUUCUAUUAUGGAACAAAAUAAAAUACAACCAAUUAAAAAGUCAUUAUUACCACAAACUAAUACAAUAACAAAUAAAUAUAAAUUAAGUUUAUAUGAUUCUUCAAGACGAUCAUCUUUAAAUCAAGACAAUAUCAACUUAGCUGGAUCUCUUGAAAGUAUGUUCACUACUCAAGAUCAAAAUACACAGGAUGACUAUUUCAUUGCUACACCAAGAUCAUCUUCACGUAAAGAUAUUGGGAAAAAUAGUGAUAUUGAAAAUGGUGAUGAAAUUAUUAUACCAAGAAACAAAGAAGAUAAAAUCAAUUCAUUAAAAAAUGUUCUAUUACGACAAAGGUAGGUGAAUAGUUUCUCUCAGUAUCAAUGACACUGGUCUCUAAUGGAACAUCGUCGACAAAUAUAACUAUUGUAUUCAAAAAUUUAUCGAUCAGUAUAAAUGGAAAUUUUACUGUGUAACAAUUGAAAUUCUGAUCAGUUAAUCAUUCAGUUAUGAACAGUGUAAAAUCUGAUAUGUAUGGGGAUCAGUUUAAGUUGUGGCAAAACAUCAACACCGUUAGAUGAGAUAAUUGUCAGGGCAACUUCCAUGGUAAUUAAAGUAAUAACAAUAAUAGUGGUAGAAGAAAAGAUAAGACAUAGGCCACGUGAUUCGAGAAAAAUGAAUGACAUUGAAAAUAAAAGGCACAUGAUAGUCUUAAAAUCCAUGAUCUAAGGAAAAAUAACGGAUGUGUGCAUCUAUAUUAUUUCACUCCAUUUUGAACUGCAUCUAACAUUUUCAGCCAUUGGUUACUGUUAUUCUGCGGACAUUAAUCAGGUUGUUUGUAUCUACUAUCAUGGAUUAUAGUUUUAACAUGCUGUGUAUACAUAAUUGGGAUAAAAGUUUGUAGAAAUCGUUUAUUUUGAUAAACUUGAUAUGUUUAUCCUGUAAUAACAUCAACCGAAGAUCUACUAAAAGUCAGUGCGCACUCUAUAGCUACCUGUUCAGCUAUGCACCUCUAUCAUUGUAUGCUCAUCAUCUUAAUCUGAUGUCAACCUUUAAGGAUAUGUAAAUUUAAUUUCAAAUAUCUCCACAAACUAUCAUCUUUAUAGUAAUCGUAUGCAUAAUACUAAGUUCGAUGACCUAUCUCAAAAUUACUGCUGAGAAACUGUGACUUUUAGAGUUCAACCAUUUAGAGAGAUGAGAUAGAUAUCACCGACCUUAUGCGAUGAUGGUUUUAUUA